GUGUGUUAAUCAAUAUGAAAUAGUCAAAUUGAAAAGGAAAUGAUACCAGUCCGUGCUUGUAUCUCCUUGUAGAUUUAGUUGCUACGGUCUUUUAUUUCUCAUAGACUUGACCUCGGCCACAUGACAACUAGGUCAUUGCUUUAGUGCGCAUUGAUUAGUGCACCCCUUUGACUAGAGAUUUAUUUAUGACUUUACACGUGAGUGAAGGCAGCCGAAGGAUGAAUGGACUUUUUCUCUCUCUCUCUCCCACUGAAUUUAAAUUUCAGGUUUUGUCUGAGUUGUCUGAAGUUUGGGUUUGAUUCUGCCUGGGUCCUAUCGAUCCAUCGAUUAUAACUCACAUGAUUGGGUUGGUGUGCUUUUUGUUAUCAGUGCCAAUAAGGGUGGUAGCAUCCCGAUUCAGGAGAAUGGCACAACGGGAGUAAGGGUGACGGUAGUAUGAGUGGGUGAGUAGGUUGUAGGGGUGUAGAAAAAUUUUAGGGUGUGUGUGAGCGUGUAGUCGCCAAUACUAAUAAGGCAGGAGCACAAUGAAGGCACAAUUCCAUAAGGCCAACAACUAAAUUGUAAAUAACAAUGAAUGCACACCUACACAUAAAACUGAGAAUAACGCACAUAGAGACUGAUUUUUGCACUUACAAAGCCUACUCCUCUAACCCGUGUGCUGGCUCACAAAAACACUGUACCCAUAGAUGAAUGGGUUACUUGCUGCCUAAAUCAAGUUGAAUUUUGACUGUAGUAUAGACUAACAGACAGGCAGCACACCCAUCUAUCAAUAGAGUAUAGUGGAUUAUUUGGCACUUCCGUCCAAAACGAAUCAGGGCACUGUAAAAUUUAAGUCACAUUUAUAAAUACAAACUGGGAGGUAUUGCAUUGCUAACUCUGUAACAAAGUGUGCAAGAGAACAAAGCAACUAUUUUGACACAUAAGUCUACAUAUUGGAAUUCAUUCCGGACCAAUAAAAUACACUUCCAGGUGUUUGGAAAUCUCCUUGUCAUAUUUCAGAAAUUUAAAUAUUUUACACUCAGAGACGAAAGAGAGAAUAUAAUGCUGAUGAAUCUGAAUAACUUUAUGCAAACUCUUCUGCCAAAAUCUUCAACACCAACAAAGGAGUUAAGUAGAGCAGAUUAUAUGGAUGAAUCAGCUGACAACAGUUCAAUCAAGACUGAUUUAUUAAAUGCUUACACGAACACAUUUUCACCUAUCUGUAGUCCUACAAAAAAUACUACUCACAAUAAUGCUAGUAGUAAGAAUGUCAACAACAAUGAUAACCAGCCUGUUAUAUCAAGUAACGAAUGUAAAAGUAAUGUCGAUAUUAUACCAAAUGAUGAAUCCAGUAACAAGUCGACUAAUUCAUCUAAGGAUCAAAACAGUAUAGAAACUUUACAAGGCUAUACACUGAUAAAUAAUCAAGAUAAUUUAGAAACCAAUGGAUUGAAGAUGCGUCUAUUGGCUGCACUUGCCGAUAUGAUUCCACACGAUGAAAGUUUGAGUUUACGCCUUCUUAUGAGUUAUACGAUUGAUGAUCAAGAAAGUGAAUGUGUAGUUAUUGAUGAGACCCUAUGUCGAGAAACUAAGAGGGAAGAGGUGAGUGAUCACAACUCAUACUGUCAUUUGUCGAACAACACUAAAAUCCGUAAGAUUCUGGAAGAUGAAAAAAAAGCUGAAUUAACUGAAAUACCUGCGCAAUCUUUAUUUACUCGAGGUACACCCUUAGGGUCAGUUGCAUUAGAUUUAUCCUUACAUACUGAAAUAUCAGAUCCGGUUGAUUGUUGUGUCGACUCAGUGCAUGCGGCAUCACCAAAAGAAGGUAACAAUGCAAAAUUAUCUACAGCAUCCUCGAAUGUAGACGCUGUUUUAAACGAAAUUAAAUCAUCCCUAAAUACAUGCUCUACGCCGUUAAGUUUAUUAUCGACUAGUUUUGGACAAUCGAACUUGACUGCUACAAAAGCAUCAGAAUCAGUAACAACAACGGCAGUUACAACUCCAGUAAAUCAAAUCCCACAGCUUGACACUACUCUAUUAGCUCUGCUUCCUUUGUUGCAGCAACAACAAAGUGCAAAUAUUUUAGCAUACCAAAAUGUGGUAAAUCCAAAUUCAUUGUCGUUAAUUUCUACUCCUAUUUCACAAUCAGUAGCAACAGUGAGUAGUGCAAAACAAAAUCAAAUCCCUUUUAAUCUUACAGGAACGUCAACCAAUGCUAAUCUAUUAUUCAAUCAAUUAUAUGCUUCUAACGCCACGCAUAUGCAACAAAAUACUAAUCAAAUGAACAACCUACUACCUACUAAUUUAAGUAGUAUACUACCAAAACAAGCAGAACCCCCAACUACUACUUCACAGGGAAAUACAAUAACUAGCCCGUUGAUGAAUAAUGUAGCUAAUAACCAAUCACUCUUGAAUUCAGCUUCAAUUAUAGGAUUUCCGUUAUUUAAUCCAUUUUCUAUCAAUGCUAAUAAUAUCAAUAAUAGUAGUAAUGUUGAUAAUUUUAGUGGGCUUCUACCACCCACAUCAUAUUUAGGAACAGCAUCAACUUUGACGCAAUCACACACAUUACCACAGUCAAAUGUUUCAUCAUCCAAUCUAGGCACAACAAAUACAACAGCCACUUUAUUCAGUUUAAAGGACAAACAAAUUGGGCUAAUUGAAACUGUAGGUGUUAUGCCAAGUAUGAAGAAUCUAAACCAACCAAUCGCAUCUUUGAUUAAUCAGUUAUCAGUCAAUUCUUCAAAUAAUAUUUCAUUGAAAACACUUUCCACACUAUCACAAUUAUUUGGUAAUGCUAUUCCCACUAAUAAUGUUACGGGCAAUAGUAGUCCCACUACGAAUUUCAAUAUUACAAAUAAUCAUAACACCAAUAUUACCAUACCAGCUAUAAUAAGUACAAAUGUUAAUAAUAAUCAUAUUUCACUAGGUGCUGACGAUUUAACAUUGGCGAAAAAUUAUACUAAAAAGUCUUCAAGUUCAGGAAAAUCAUCAAAUCGUUCAAGUCCACUGUAUUCAACCAACGGGCAUACAUCAAUUACAACAUCGAAACUGAAUCACUCAAUAGAGAAUAAAAAGGAUAUUAUGAAGUCUCCAACAUCUGUAAUACAAAAGAAAGAGUCUACUAAUGGUGAUAGUGCUGCUAAUAACAACAAUAACACCAACUUCUUAUUCGGUCGUCGGUUAGCGCAUAGUCGUCGUUUUAUAUGUAAUCAAUGUCGACGAAAUUUCUCUUCACUAGCUGAACUAAAUAGGCAUACAAUUGAGGCACACAAUUCUUUUCGAUGUACAAUCUGCUCAGCUCACUUUACACAAAGAUCUAAUCUACAACGUCAUUCUCUUAAACACGUUGGUUUCAAACCGUUCACAUGUAAUUUAUGCAAGAAAGAAUAUUAUCGUAAGGAUCAUUUAGUCAGACAUAUUGAAGUUACUCAUCCAACACAUGAUCCUAAAAUGAAUAUCACUGUUCACUUGACAUCAUCUGAAUGCUUAGAUUAUUUAGACAGACUGCACGCUGGUAAGCAAACACCAUCGCCCCCCACACAUAGUCAGUCUGAUAAAGAUAUGGCUGUCACUGCUACUACCGCCAACAGUAUUAGUAAUACUACUCCGGAUAAAAGUAAUGAUAAUAAGAACAGGGAGGAUGAUUUCGAUUUAAUGAAUGAUGAGUCAAUGAAAAUUGAAGAGGCCAAACUAGAAACGCCAGAUGUCGAAAUGCACAGUGACAACGAUAAUAAUCUUAAUACAGAUGAAGACGUCGAAGGAGAAUGCUGUGAUGCAACUAAUUACAGUAAUGCAGAUUAACUAGCCGAGUUAACUGAAUGAAUAUAGUAUGGAGUAAAUUAUAGGGAAGUGAGUUGCUUUUAUCCACUGAAACAUAAUUAGCAAUGGAUAACCACCGGUUUCCGAGUUACAUUUUGCCAAUGCAACUAACACAACUACUGAUAUUGUCAAUACUGUCGUCAUCCCUCCUACUCAUAGUGCAUUUACAUAGAACAACAACUCUGUAUUAUGAAUAAAUCUAAGUCAACCAUUUCCACUUCUUCACGCAAAUUCUUUUCCAUAAAUGUUUUUGUAAACAUGAUAUCUUUGUGUUGAUACAACCACUCAAAUUCACAAUGUGCCUACAAAUGUGAUUGAAGUAUGCUUUUUCCUUAGACAUAUUCUUUUUUCACGUAGACGAACAGUGAGCAGAAAAUCAGCAUACAAUGCAAAUUUCAAUCAUAUUAUUCCUGUGAUUAAUUGACCUUCUUGCUCUCCAAAUCCUUUUUUAUGAAAAAUCAUAAACUGCCUUCAAAGUAUGUUCAUCUAACAUAAACGAAUCCACAUUUUCUUCAUCAUUCCAGUCGAAAAGUGUUUGAGUAGUGAGAGUUGUACCUGAAGGAAUACAACACUCAAAUCCACUGUUCUUGUUUUGCUUUUGUUUAUCUCAAUUUUUGCUAUAUCUUUUUUUAUUUGCUCAAAUGAAUUUGUAAUUUUUUGGUUUUGAGAAUUUUCUUGUUUACCACUUCCUUCAUUCCUGAGUGGUAUUACUACUCCUACUGCUGAAAACAAAGUAGUAUCGAUCAGAAUUAAACCAGCUCAUUGUGUACUAAUGUUUCAUGUCCAACGAAUCAGUUCUUUGUAAUAAAGUUGUUAGAAUUUUGUAGCCGAAAAUUUCAAAGAACCUGCAAAUUGUGUGGUGGAGGUAGUGUUGUUUUAACAUUUAAAAACCGUUAACAUCUUAGCACAGCAGAUACAACCUACCAAUCAUUUUAUGUCCAAUCGAAACUUAUACGUCUUUAAGUUGAAUAUUAUAUAUCUACAUGUACGAAGAUCCCCACCAACCAACCUAAGUGUCAGCUAAAUGUCUAUUGAUUACUUUGUACACCAAUAUAAGAUGCUGAAUUAUAAGUCCGUUAAAACUAUAAAGGUUGAGUGUCGCUGGACUGUAGGCUAAUGAUUUUUGGGAUUCACCUUCUGUUACAAGCAUAACAUAGGGAUAAGUUUUUUACUUAAACGAAAGCCAAGGAUAGUUUUUAGAACCACAAUGAGUCAUCCUGAAAUUCUAAAAAUCCUACCUUUUCAUAGAGCUAAUAGACCAAUUCGCCAGCUACCUAAAUGUGCACAAAAUGACGUCCCCUAUCCAUGGAACCACAACAGUUUCCAAGUUAUAAAUCAAUACUUAAUAAGUUAGCAGACAGCUUACCCUACCAGCAACCUCUCAAGAGGCGAUCUGUAACAUUAUGCUGUUGAAAGAAAAACAGUAAUCAUUCUAUUUUACCGUUUCGAUAACGUAAUACUGCUGAAAUCAACAUAUCGACUAGUUAUCAGCUGAGCGGUUCAACCCACUGAAAAUAAUUCAUUAGGAUUAUAUGAUGGUUAUCAUUCCAUCACAAUGAGUCAAUAGCAUACACCUACACAGUAUAUGUAGAAUUAGUCUACAAAACCCCUGGAUGAUAAUCUGAGUCGAGUAAGAAAAUGUAGACUUUCAGGUUGAAUGCCACGUGAUAACAAAAACCCGAGGUUUACGACUUCAGGUGGUAUGACUGAAAAGUGAGUACAGUGGUGCAAACUGUUAUUUACUUUAACUCAUGACAUAUGGAAAUUUGGACCAUAUUGGUUAACUGGCCUUGCGAGAAAAUAUCAGCGUACAUUUAACUAGACAUCAGUUCAUAUUAGUUAAAGUAGUGAACUGCACAACCCGUGAAAAUAUCUCAAGUUGUUUCACAGCAUCUUAAAAAAAGUUCAAUCAAAAUGAACGAAAAAGAUAUGCUAUAACAGUUAAUUUUAUAGCCGAAUGAUAGCAAAAACGACCGACCUCAUGAGAAAACAAUGGUAAAAACUACUCCGAAAUAUCCAAGACUAUUUCACCUUCAUCCAUCAAAAAAAGACUUGAAAGGAUAAAAAAAGGUAUUUAAUGGUAAAUUGAUUAUGAUUACACUGGUAGUUAAGAACAUACUGAAUAUGCACGCAUAUAUAUACUCAUAACAACAGAGUCACUCGUUCAUAUAUUGAUAUAAAAAAAUAAACCACAGGAAAACAAAGUAAAUGCGUGCAAAAAUGACUAUCUGAAUCAUUCAAGUCGGUGUACAUAUGCUUUCAUCAAUGUAAAUAUAAGAAUAGGAUAAUAUUAGUAUGCUAACUGAAUAACAUGAUACAAAAAUGAAAAGCUAGGACAUACACAAGAACUGUC